AUGGGUAAGGACAAGAAAAAGGGAAUAAAAGGAAAUGUUUUUAAGGUAGCGGGUGCUAAAAGUCUUAAGAAGACUAAAGCAAAAGCAGUAAACUUAGGUUUAAAGAAUAUGAAGCAAAAAGUAGCUGAAAUAGACAAACAAUUUCUGGAUAUAAAGAACACACCUAAAGCAAAUGUAAGUGUUAAGAAACCUGAAGUUAAAGGUCCCCAAAAAAAGAUUGAAAAUAAUGUGACAAAAGAAGAAGUUGCAAUGGCUACCGAGAAAAUUAAUGGUAUAGAUUUAUAG